UUCAUAGGGUGUAUGGCGUGUUAUGGCGGGAAGAAUCACAUUCGACUGUACAAUCAGUCGAUUGUUUAGAAAAUAUUCUUCUUAUCGACGCUGAGUGUAAGCUUAUUGAUAUAAACAAUUUCUGAUAACGAUGGAGUUUGAGGCCACACAAAUCUAUGAGGAUGACGAGCUUUUGCCUACUCAAAAAAUUUCAUGUACUGAGGAAGAUGAACAGAUACAGGUUGGAACAUUAAAUAUCAAUUCUAAUGAAUAUCAGAUUAAAGGAGGGAUCACAAAAAUUGGUAGGCAUAAUACCUGCGAUAUAGUUAUAAACAAUGUGACAGUGUCAAAAAUACAUGCAGAGAUCGAAGCUAUGAGAAAUCAAGAAUCAAGUAUUUGGAUUUGCGAUCUCAAUUCCUCCAACAAAACGAAGCUUGGUGAUAAAAUAUUGCUACCCAAUCGUUUAUAUGAAGUCAGGGAUGGAAGUAUCAUUACAUUUGGUACAGUGGAUGCGACUUAUCGCGCAUAUCCUCCGAUGGUGAUACCAGAAACACCUGCGCCAUCGCAAAGAAGAGUUACAAAUAGAAUAAUUCCGAGCACUCCGGAUUCGUCUCUCAAUAAUUCAUCCAGUGAUGGAUCCGUUAUCCUUGGAACACAGAAAGACAAACAGAACAACGUUUUUCUACGGCCACAAGUUCCACAACAACGUCAGUCAAGCAUUGGUAAAAAGAAUACUUCUCAUGCAUCUUCUAGUGAAAGCGAUGAUUUACAAACUGUUACUGAAUUGCGUGCCUCCAAUAUUGACAUUAGUGAAAACCGAGAACUUAGUAGUAUAUUUGAUAUAGAAACGCAAAAAUUAGAACAUGAAAUGGUGACAUCAAAAUCUAUUCAUGAUAUAGAGACGCAAAUAAUUCCUAUGGAUACGUCGACACAUUUUCAAGCAAAUACUAAAGCUAACAAGCAAACCAAGCUAAAUGUCCAAGAUGAAAUAGCUAAUACUUCUGCGAUAGAUAUUCAUGAUAUGGAAACUCAACAUUAUGAGAGCUAUAUUAACGAAUCAAAGACUCAAAAGAGCAAAGAUAAUAUUUGGAAUGUAACACUGAACAGGUUUGUAACAGAUAUUCAUGUGGAAACGCAAAAUUAUAUUGAUGAUACUAACAAAGAUACGAAAAAGUCCAAAAUAGAUAAAAAUAAUCAAAAGAAAAACUUAGAUCAAAUCGAUAAUAUUAAUGAUUUAGAAACGCAAAAGUUCAAUGAUAAAAAUAUUGCAGAAGACAUAUCCAAUGUAGAAACUCAACCUGAACUAAAUGCAACCAGAAAAAUACUUCAUGUAAAAAGACAACUUGAAACAGAUGACAUUGUAAAUGAUAUCAAUAAUGAUCGAACUACUAAAGAUACUGAUAAAGAUAACACAUCAAAAACUGUAAAUAGAACUAAUGAUGAUAAGGAAAAAGAUAAAGAUAACAUGAUAGAAACUGUUAAGACCAAAAUCAAUUAUGAUAAUGUUGCACCAUCAUCCAAUUCCAGAUCUAGUAGUCCUGGAUCUUUGAAUUUAUCGUCACCAGGAGUAGAUGAAGAUUGCCUUUCCUUGACACAGCAUAGCGAUCAUUUGCUCGAAUCAUCAGAUUUAUUGGAAUACUUUGGCGAGGGCAUCGAUAAACGAGAAACAAUACGAGUGCCUAACACAUCUACACCAAAAUCACAUGCGAAAACUUCAUCGGAAAGAGAUAAUAAUGUCGAAAAUGUAUCGAACCAUGAUGAAGACAAUAUUUUUGAUGCUCUCACGCAACGCGUUCACGAGUUUGAAGAGAGACCGAACGAAAUCAAUGAAAAAGAUAUAAUAUGUAAGAAAAAACAUGGAUCAAGAGAAAACAUCGAUGGUGAUCUGGAAAAGGACACAGAGGAACAUUCCGAAAAAUUUGUUCAAAAGCAGUGCAAAUCUUUAGAAAUUUCGGAUAAAUCUUCCAACGACAAUAUAAGUAAUAGAAAUGAUCCAGGCACGAGUGUUGAAUCUGAAGAUUUAUUCGAUGCAUUAACACAACAAUCCAAUAGUCCUGCAGUUAAGAAUACAUUGAACUCGUCAGUCAAUCAAUUAUCGAAAAUUAACGUUGAUGUUGAUGAUAUGGCGCCGACACAGAUUAUUAAUAAUAAUAAAAACACUCAUAAUCAAGACAAUCUGAUAAACAAAUCUUUGACAAAUAUUAAUGAUAGUAAUAACCCAAUCGAGGAUGGACGAAAGAAACAUGCUGGCUGUAAAAAAUCUGGAGAAUCUUUUCAAGAGAUUGAUAGUGUGGAACAAAAACUUCAUGAAAUGUUUGAUAAUGUAAAUAACAGCAUUCACGAGCCAACACACAUGUCGACUCAGGCCCUCGAAGAUAUUCUGGAAUCAUCACAGUAUGACAACAAUUUAUCUGCUAACACUGUAAAUGAAAGUUCACUUAAAGAUAGCAUAUUGCAAACGCAAUUAGAAAAGAAAAAUCGUGGGGCUUGUGAUCAAUCUCAGCGUAAGCUAGCAGAUACCGAAACGAAUAAUGUAAAUAAUGCGGAGAUCGAUUCGCAAAAUUCAGAUACUUAUUUUUCUACUCUUACUACAAAACGCAAAAGAAAUAUUCUGAAAGAAACACAGGAGCUUGUAGAUUCCAUGCUCCAGAAUGUAAUUCCUUCUCAUCAAGAUUCUAAUACUUCAUUAAUAUCUAAAAGAAAUAAUGAAAAGAUUAAAGAUAAUACAUCUACAGAAUCUAAUAAAAGAAGAAAAAAGAUUUCAAAAUCAAGAAAUGAAUCCGAUUCGAUGACAGAUGCUCUAAACGACGAUAACGUAAUCGAAACUAUCUCGAACGGGAACAACGAGAAAAAUCUUCGACGUUCGAUGAAAAGAAAACAUGCAUCUGCGUCGAAAACGGACAAACGAGUUUUGAGGAAUAAUCCGAACAAAGUCAAAGUUGAUGAUGUAGAAAAGGACUCGGGGAGUGAGUCCGAUGUUUGUGCACCUUGUCCAUUGGCAGAUGUAAGACGUACACAAACAUCGGACAUGAAUGAGAGCGACGAUGACAUUCUAGCACGUUUACCACCUGCUAGAAUAUCGGGGACGCUUUCAAAUCCAGCGAGUCCUUCUGCAACAUCAACGUUGACUGAAUGUAGCGGCAGAUCUAAACAAGACAUUGUAAAAGAUGGAAAUAAAAAGAUUGUACAGAAUAAAUUACUGUACAAGCAAGAUGUUGAAGAUUCUAAAAAGGACAAAAGCCUGAACGAAAUACACGAUAAACCAUCAGUUUCGCUAUUUGAUAAUGAUGUGCCCAAUUGCGAUGUUCCUGAGACUAAUAAAGUGACAACACAAUUUGUCGACACCUCUGAGGACUCUGACAGUGAAGCAAAUUAUAAACGAUUCAAACAAAUGGCAGACAGAUUAAAUAAUGAGCUCGAUUGCCUGAAGCAUGAUAAACAAAAUAAAUCCAACAAAAAGAAAAGUUUAUUGCGUUUAUCGCUUAAUCUGUCGAAGGAUUUGAAGCAAGAUACUGACGAUGAAUUGAAAAGUUUACAGAUAAGUUCACGAGUGACGCGACAAUCCAGUAAACAAAAUGAUGAGAGUUUGAAUGUAUCGUGCAAAGAAGCUCACAUGGAAAAUACGACUUACGAUAAAUCUAUGAAACCAGAAACGAGAUCUAUUGUCACUAGGAGAAAGAGAACUCUUAGCACGAUUGAGAAAGAUGCUGAACAGACGAAUUUGAGGAAACAUGAAGCACAUCAAAUCAUCGAGGAACGUCCGAUUCUUACACGGGCUCGAAGAAACAUGAUGAAAACAGCUAUUGACAGGCAAUCUCCAAAUAUUCUUGAUUAUUUUCCUAAAACUAGCUCACGCGAAAAUUCCCCGGUGAUUGGAAAGUCUUUCCAAGAUAAUAAAACAGUACCUGAAACUGCAGAAAGUUCAAAAGCCUUAAAUUUAGAAAUUAAUAAAAGUGUGGAUUUACAAACUAAUAAAAGUGUGGAUUCUGGGAGAUCCAAUAUUAAACUGCGAAGAACUGCGAAGAAAAGUAGUAAUAGCAGCCAACAAGUCCAAGCGCAAGAGGAAAUUAAAUCUAACACAACACAGACUAAAUUAUAUCUAUCACAACACAAGAGUAUACUAAAGAUUGUACUUAGUCCGAUAAGAAGUCCUACAAUAAGAAGUCCUAUAGAAGAUGAAUCACAAGAAGUGGAAAUGAUUAUGAGAAAAAGUUUAAAUAAUGUGCAGGACAAGAAUUUGUCAAUUAGAGAAACUAAUACUGCAAAAAUAUUUCAAAGAAAAUUAAGAAUCAGAAACAAGAAACAACUCAUUGCAGAUACUGAAACAGAUUCAGCUUUAACUGAGAGUAAUACGUCAUCUAUAGAUGAUUCUAAUAAUACACAAUCUGAUAAUUCCACAUCAAAAGUUAAAAGUCGCAAAAGAUUUACCAAAAGUUCUGCAGCAAAGACACAAACUCUGGAAAAGAAGGAAACAUUUAAGAAGCCUACUCAUAUCAAUCAAAAUUCUGCAAAUUCGGUCUUUGAUUCCUCAUCAGAAAAUAUAACCAGUGAAAGCAGCCAAAAUAGUAUAGAAAGUGACAGUUUGUCAAGUUCUAGAUCUUCAAGAUCAAAAACAGCAGGUGCGAGGAGGAAGGAAAAGGUAGAAAUAACUCGAAAUAUGCGUAGAACGGCCAAUAACAGUGUCUCUUCAAUGAUGAAUACAAGUAUAGAAGUAACUUCUCUUCUAUCAACGCCUUCCACUAGGAUGCGUAGGAGUGCAUCUGUUUUGAAUUCCACACUAUCUGUUGCGGGACACAGAAUUUUGUUUACAGGUAUAACGGAGGACUACAGCAAGAUUGUUAAAACAUUAGGUGGAAACAAAGUGGAAGAUCCGGCAAAGUGCAAUGUUUUGGUUACUGACAAAGUUCGCAGAACGUAUAAAUUCUUAUGUGCAUUGGCAAAGGGUAUACCCAUAGUGACGAUAGAUUGGUUAAGAGAUAGUGAAUCAGCAGGACAAUUUUUGGAUUGGGAAGGUUACAUACUAAAAGACCCUGUCGCUGAAGCCAAGUUUGGUUUCAGAUUGAGAAAAAGUCUUGAUAAGGCUAAGGAGAAAAAAUUAUUAGAUGGAUAUACCAUUAUAUUGACACCAAAUAUUGCACCACCACCUAUAGAAGAAUUAAAAGAUAUGAUAAUGUCUUGUGGAGGAAAAGCUCUAUUACGUCCACCAAGUAAAUGGCCCGAAAAAGCGAUGAUAAUGUCUCGCGAAGAAGAUUUGUCAAGUGCGAGAAAAUUUCUUGCGAAAGCACCGAAGACUGUUACUAUACAGUCUACAGAAUUUAUUCUGACUGGUAUUUUAAGGCAGGAAGUGGAUUUCGAUAAAUAUAAAAUAAUGUGAUUACCAGUGAACCUCUCCUUUCCUUUAAUAAGAACAUCUAUUAUUAACGCUGUCAAUAUAUACUCAGGUAUCCAAAUAUUUUUAUUACUAAUUAUAUUAAUUGUUUAAAAACUAGUCUUGAUAUACAAACUAUAUAUCACAUUCCCAGUAAACAAUUUAUUUUUAAUUAUUAACAAAAACACAUCGUAAAUAAU